AUGGAGGAAGCGGGAACGCCGGGCGAUGUGGACGAUCUGCCCCGCGGGGCUUUUCGGUGCCGUCUCUGUCACGUGACGGUGGCCAACAAGCCCAGCUUGCAAGAUCAUCUGCGUGGAAAGAAACACCAGCGCCUGGAAAGCCUCCGUAACGUCCGCCAGUCUCAGGAACUCCGCAGUGUUUUUGUCAGUGGCUUCCACAAAGGGACGACAGCCUUGGAGCUGAGCAACUAUUUUGGAACCUAUGGGGAGGUGAUCAAUGUGGUGAUGGACAAAGAUAAGGGGGUCUAUGCAAUUGUGGAACUGCAGGACGAGGAAAUGCUCCAGAAAGUAUUAUCAGAAGCACAACAUAGCCUAGGGGGGCAGAAAUUACGUGUCAAGCCACGGGAGAAGAAGGAUUUCAGAUACACCCCACCAAAGAAACAAGGGUCAGCCAGGCGGGAGCAGCUGAGCCCGGAGAAGUUGGCCCACAAUCUCUGCCAAAUGGAUGAUGUUGAUGCCCAGAUGUCUUUAGUGGUUCAACUCUUUGAAUUUUCCGAGAGCGAACAGCGUCUCCGAGACUUGCUCGUCAAGCUGUUCGAGGAGGUGAUUUCUGAAUUCUUCCCAGAAUCGGCCAUCAUUCCCUUUGGGUCUUCCGUGAAUGGCUUCAGCGUCUCUGGAUGUGACCUGGAUUUGUUCCUGGAUCUUGAGAAGACGAAAAACUUCCAGGCUUCUGCCAAGAGAACGGAUAAGCCACCGGAAGAAGUUUCCGAAAUGGAAUCGCGCUCCGAAGAUUCGAUCUUGUCUGAUAUUGACCUGGUCACUGCCACCGUGCCUGAAAUCCUUGAUCUGGUGGCCACGGUGCUGCAGAAAUGUGUACCGGGCGUUCAUCACGUCCAGGUGGUCUCCACCGCCCGCCGCCCCGUGGUCAAGUUUUGCCAUAAAGAAUCCAGCUUGAGGGGUGACAUCUCCAUAAACAACAAGCUGGCCUUGUGCAACACGCGCUUCCUGCAGUUUUGCACCGAAGCAGAUGAACGUGUGCGGCCUUUGGUCUACUCGGUGCGCUACUGGGCAAAACAGCAAGGUUUGGCAGGAAAUCUUUUUGGUGGGGGCCCCCUCUUCAACAACUACGCCCUGACCUUGCUGGUGUUCUUCUUCCUACAGACACGCACCCCCCCGGUCUUGCCGACGGUUGCACAGUUGAAGGACUUCUCAGAUGAUGGAGAACUGACCGUGGUGGACGGUUGGGACUGCACUUUCCCUAAAGAUCCGGCCUCGUUGCAGCCCAGCGGGAACACAGAGAGUUGUUGCUCCCUUCUGGCAGAGUUCUUCCGCGUUUUCGAAAGCUACAAUUUCGCCGGUGGGGUGAUCUCCCUGCGCGAGGGUCGGUCACUUCCUCUCUCCAAUUUCCUGUUAUCUGACGCAGGCCAGAAAUUCAAGGUGGGCCCCAUCAACCUGCAGGAUCCUUUUGAGCUGAGCCACAACGUAGCGGCCAACGUCAAUGAAAAGACUGCACUGCGUCUCCAGCGAGGUUGUCAGGAUGCCGCCAAAUACUGUCGGAGUUUGCAAUACCAGCGUAAAUCCACCAAGGGGAAGAACUGGGGGCUGGUCCGUCUCUUCCAGCCUGGCAGCUCCCAAGCCGUGGAACGGCUGGUCAUCAGCCUCCCCUUAACGCCAGCGGCCCAAUCCCUGGGGUCCCACCCAGAGCUGCACCUGAGCAGGGAUUUCCACCAGCUCUGGCUUCGGAGAGUGUGCGCGGGUGUCUCGUUUGUUCUGGAGCAGGUGCUGAAAUGCAGCUGCUCGGAGAAGCCGCUGGGAUUCGGAGAAGAUGGGGAACCCCUCGGCAGCGAUCCAGAGGAGGAGCAGCUGAAAACGAAAACCGAACAACUCAGCGUGGGUUCCAAGCGAUCUCUGGACGUAGAAGAGGCCGCGUGGGGUUCUCCUCCGUUGAAGAGAUCACGAAUGGAGAAUUCGCUUCCCGCCGCAGAGAGCAUGACUUGGAAUUGCACCGUCUGGCACCGUGUUUGGUUAGGAAGACGCCGCGUCCGGCGACAAUUCUGCAGCCCAGAAGUGGAUCCCAAACCGAGAGCUGAUCCCCUAGAGCUGGAAGGCAAAGUAUCCGAGGCGAUUUCCCGACAGGAGAGGGAAACCGGACCCGUGGAGGCUCUGUUUCAAUUCACCAUUUGUGCCAGGCUCCGAGACGGUGGUUCAGGGGAACACGACCCACAGGUCAGCCUAAAUUUCACCCCAGACCCUGAACAGCGAGCUGUUUUCCAAGAUUUUUUUCAUUUCCUACAAGGUUUUCUGCCCCGAAUGGUUGAGCAGUACCUGACCACCAAGCCUUCAGACCUGCCUACCCCAGAAGACAAAUCUUCUCCAGAGGAUGACAUUUGAAACUCGUUUAGACCAUGGCAGAAUUCUAUGUUUCGAUUUUUUCCCAUU